AUGGAUAUCGAUUCCCCUCCAUCUCCCUUCAACCCCGAUGUCACCCAGAACUCACCUCACAAGCACCUCGAACUACCAGGAUUUUCAUCCAGCUUUCCCCUUCCUUUUCGAGUUUUAUUCCUGAUUGGUCUAGCUCAACUUCUCUGGGCGGUAAACUUGCAUGUUUUGCAUGUUUUAGGAUUGGAUAUAAGUUGGAUUUUAGAUCUGAGGGAUGAUCCAGACCCACCACUAGAUGAGAAUGAAACAGAAGAGGGAGUUAUAGAAUUAUCUGUACCGUCAUCUCUACCUAAGACGAUAUCAUUAGAUGACGAGGUAGAACCAGACACACCUAUACGUUCGAGAGCAUCUGAACGAAUCAUCCGACCACCUUCGAACAAAUUACAUGGACCGGUAUAUAAAUUGUUUCUACUGUAUAGUGCGUGGUGCGGGAGUGGCUGGGUCAUAUUCAGGAUAUUAACCAAUGGAGUCGAAGAUGAGAUGGAGAGGUGGAGAGUUAUACCUGGAUUGUUGUGGGUGGGGAUAUUGGCGGGAGUUUUCGUUCCUUGGAGAGGAGUUGGGGAAAGGGAAAGAGCAGGAUUGAGAAGAGCCCUCAAACGCAUCCUCCUUCCUCCCCUCAACGCCCCGAUAUUUUUCUGCGAUGUGAUCUUAGCAGAUAUCUUGACGUCCUUUGCCAAAGUACUUGGUGAUAUGUGGAUAUCAGCUUGCCAGAUAUGGCUAGGGGAGAUAACACACGGAAGAGUAGGGAGGAGCGGUUGGGCGGGAUGGAUCACUUUGGGUAUGGUCAGUCUUCCAUACCUGCUAAGAUUCCGACAGUGUAUGUUAGAAUACUAUCAAUCCUCCUGGACUUCCUCCCGACCUCUCGCCAACGCUCUCAAAUAUUUCUCCGCCUUUCCCGUCAUCUUCCUUUCUGCCGCUCAGAAAACGGUCGUCAACGAAAUCGCUACUCAGAAGGGCAUCAGUGUUCAAGAAUUAGGUGAAAUGCACGAUCGAUGGUUUGGAGAGCACCGUUUGUUUAGACUUUGGCUACUAGCAGUGUGCGUUAACUCCAUGUUCAGCUUUUACUGGGAUGUAGAAAUGGAUUGGGGAUUGGCGCUGUGCGAAGUGGAUACGUGGUUAGGACCUAAAGGAGGAAGAAAAGAAACUGCUCUGGGUAUCCUCAAUAGUCCUCUGUUAGGUGGAACGAGAAGUGGACCAAGAAGAGGAAGCAAUGAAGGUCUUAUCAGUAAGAUUAAGAAAUUUUGGAAUGGUUCAAGAAAUAACACGAUAAACCAUCAACGAUCACCUUGUCCAACUCCCAAUCCAACGUUUUCACCGGAUUCUUCAUCUCGUACAACCUCCCUUUCCCUUUCCCCGCCAUUAUCAACAGCAAGAUCCUUAUUUGCCUUUGGGCUUAGACCGAUCUUACUUUUACCUGAUCCAUUAGUAUAUCACCUUUUCACCUUCAUAGAUUUGGUCUUGAGAUUUACGUGGUCGCUCAAACUGAGCAGUCACUUACAUACCAUUAGUGAGAUUGAGAGUGGAGUAUUCAUGAUGGAAGCUCUAGAGCUGAUUAGGAGGUGGAUGUGGGUUUUCAUAAGGAUCGAAUGGGAGGCGGUGAAGAUGGGUGAAUUGGCUAGAUUCGGUAGAUCUGGUGGUGGUGCCGCCAAUGGAGGUGCUGGUGCGAGCACUUUAUGGGAAGAUAAGGAUGAAGAUAGAUAG